GCAGGCAGAUAUAGCCUCUCAUUUCUCCCCGUGCACGACUCUCGCCUCCGCAGUGCACUACUGGACAGCGUUCAGCACAGGACAGCUCUGUUUGCAACGAUCACCACUUGCGAGAACGCGCAGCAGCCUAGAGUAGGGCUACUACAGGACAGUUUAGAGACAGUCACAGUGACGCGCCGACCAGUCACAUCCCACCAAGUCCCCCUUCGCGGCUUCUUCGGACGGGAGUAAAACAUGCUCUAUAUAGACUACGCGGCAAGAUCACUGGAGUUAUUAUGAUCAUUUCACCUUCUACCUGUUCCUUGCAUAGGUUUUGCAAUUGAUUUGAGAUUAGAAGAUAGACACAGAUAAGGACUGUCGCAUCAUGGGUACCUUGUCGCUGGUGUUGCUGAGUGGAGUGGUGGUGUUGGCGCUGGGCUCUAAGCUGCAGCAGGCUGUCCAGGAGGAGGAGGACGAUGAGGAGUGUGAGUCGGGCCAGUACACCAGAUCAGGGGAGUGCUGCAAUCAGUGCCCACCCAGUAUCCUGCGCCCUCUUGGAGCUAGGCAGACCCCAGUCUCGCUUGGACUGUGCCUGGACAGCGAGACCUACUCAGAGACGUACAGCCACACAGAGCCUUGCAAAACCUGCACCGAGUGCCUGGGCAUGAUGCGCAUGCUGACGCCCUGCACGGACUCCAACGACGCCAUGUGCGUCUGCGACUACGGCUUCUUCCUGGGGCCGAUGUCGGGUCACUGUGAGCCAUGCACGGUGUGCCCGCGCGGCGAGGGCGUGCUGUCGGGCUGCGACCACCACCGCGACACGGUAUGCGAGCCGUGCCUGGACAGCUCGUACUCGCAACAUGACAGCUCGCUUGACCCCUGCCUGCCCUGCACCAUCUGCGAGGACAACGAGGUGCUGAUGCGCAACUGCACGCCUGAGAUUGACGCCAUUUGCCACGACCCCAAUGCCCCCACCUACCCCCCCCCCCCCACGUUUUCUCUCCUUCCCUCGGAUUUCGACCCGACGAUGCCCGACGACUCGCUGAGCCCCACCCCAGGGGGCGAGUCCACCACGACCAACCCCAGUUCGCCGCGCUACAUCGGCCACGGCUUCAACGAGAACCUCAUCCCCAUCUACUGCUCCAUCCUGGCCGCGGUAGUGGUGGGCCUGCUGGCCUACAUCAUCUUCAAGAGGUGGAACAGCUGCAAGCAGAACAAGCAGGCGGCCAACAACCGCGCCGCCACAGCCAACCAGACGCCGUCGCCCGAGGGCGAGAAGCUGCACAGUGACAGCGGCAUCUCCGUGGACAGCCAGAGCCUGCAGGAGCAGCAGGCAGCCCAGCAGGCACAGGCGCAGAGCCCAGGGCAGGGACCCACGCAGUCGCACUCCCAGACGCAAAUGCAGACACACGCGCCCGAGCAGAUAGUGGUGCGGAUGGAUGGGGCAGGCCAGCCGGACUCCCCCCCUGCACAAGCCUGAGGGAGAUGAUGGAGGAGGAAGAGGAGGCAGCAGCAGUGGUGAGAGAUGGCAGACGAGGGAGCAGGGAGUCGUUCUCAUCGUCCUCGCAUUGUGAGAAAAGGGGCCAGUUGCCCCAUGUUAAGGAACUCUAGCAUGUGACUGGAUGGGAGCAGGCUCACAACCAGCCUUCCUUGGUAUGGACCAGUAGAACUUCCUGGAGCAUCCUGGUGUGAAAUCCUUCCUCAAACUGAAUGCUUCACUAAGCUCUGCUCACCAAACAUUAACCCCUGUCAAUACACACACACACACACACACACACACACACACACACACACACACACACACACACACACACACAAAUGCAGACUCUUUUGCCGCAGCAACCACACAAUCCCUUCAAACGACCUGGAAAGGACCCCCAGCCUCAAAGCCCUGUCAGUCACAGUGUUGAACAUUCUCCCACCCUUUUACACACAACCCAUCCUAACUUUCCAGCAAGUACGUACAUCCCAAAGGGACUUCCAGCAUGUGAACUUAAUCAGUCCUACCAACAGCAGAGAUGCUACCACAACGCUAUCAGACCACAUGGACCCACAGCCCCCACCUCCAUCACCACCAUGCACUCCUCCCUUCACCUCCCAUGCACCAUCACUGCCAGCUCUGACCUUCCACUAACAGACAGAUGGGUGGAGCCCCUGAGAGGAUGGGAGAGGAGUGCAGGGGCUGAGGCAAAGAUGAAGUUGCUCUCUCUCUCUUGCCGGUGUGCUUUUGUCCUUCCUCUCUUUCGUUUCAUUGCCAUGUUUUUCAUUUCAUAUUUUUCAUGGCCUUCCUGAUCACCUCAUCCUGCCAUCUUGCUCCCAUUCAUGCUGACAAACAUGAUCACCACACCACACACACAUGUACACACGCACACACACACACACACACACACACACACACACACACACACACACACACACACACACACACACACA